CAGCGGUAGCACGUUUAUAGCAUAUUAACCCCCCAAUAAGGUGUUGUAAAGUGCGGGUAACAUGCGGCGGUAAACUUGACAAUUAGUGACUAUUUCGUUACAGUGGUGACUGUUAAUUUUUUUUUGUUUGAGUGCGGACUAAGUUAAACAUGAUGCCUUUGGCACCGACUCCAGUACUCCCGGUGCCCUCCAAACCGAAAAUCGGAUUUUCUAUUGACUCAAUUGUCGGCGGUGCCACCGCCGGUGCCAGUCCGCAAACCUCCCCGGUGCAUUAUUCCGAAAGUUCGGCACCGUUAUCCCCAUCGAGUGAUGCGGAGCAACGGAUGAAUAGCUCCCCGAAGAAUUACUCGAGAUCACCUUUGGGAUCUCCGAAACCCCCGAUAAUGGUACCGGGGAUACCCGCUCACAGUUUGGUGAGACCCAGUCCCACUUACGAUCCGAAUUUGGUGGCUAAAAAUGGGUUCUUGCAACCGGAAAUGAUGCACAAUCAUACUGGGCAGCAUCCGUUUGCGCUCGCGGCACAUUUUCAAGGGGCUGCCCUGGCGGCGGCUUUGAGUCAGGGUCAGCACGGUUUCCCUGGACAACCAUCACCUUUGACCACCCAUACCCCACCUAGAGAUAGCUACCCUUUGUAUCCUUGGUUGCUUAGCAGACACGGAAGGAUAUUUCCUCAUCGGUUUCCCGGCGGUCCAGACAUCCCGGGAUUCCUCCUCCAACCCUUCAGGAAACCAAAGAGAAUACGAACGGCUUUCAGUCCUUCGCAACUCCUAAAGUUAGAACACGCAUUUGAAAAGAACCAUUACGUAGUUGGAGCGGAACGAAAGCAACUUGCGCAGUCCUUAUCAUUAACGGAAACGCAGGUGAAAGUUUGGUUCCAAAACCGACGAACGAAACAUAAAAGGAUGCAGCAAGAAGAGGAGGCGAAAACUAGUCAAGGUGGUACUAAAUCGAACAGUUCAGAUCCUCAAAAUACUUUAAAUAAAUGGAAACAAGAAGCACCGGACGAGUAUGGCGAGUAUAUCGAUAUGGACAUGGAAGAUGACUGUGUUAGUGACGUGGAAAGUGAAACGUAGUUUUGUUUUUUUUAUAAUUAUUAUUAUUAACCUGAGGUCCUAAAAAGUCCUAAAACCGGAAAGAAGUUUUUCUUCUUAAGUAAUGCGGCAACGUUGUCGGUUUAAUAUUAUGCCCGAGGGACUACUCCAUUUGGCAAGCGUUUACAGCUCAGGCUGCCAGAUUUAUCGAUCCUAAGGAUCGGGUCCUUGGGGGGUUUUGUCGCUCGUUUGACUUUUAAAGGUUUCUCUGGAGUAAGGUUAUAAAAUAAUACUUAAAGAGUUUUUCAGAACAGUAUUUCCAGUUGAGGGUUUGAAUUUUCAUUUUUGAAUGAAUAUUAAAAAAUUGCUGAUGUUGAAUGGUAAUAAGGAAUUUUGAAAUAAAAUGAAUUUAAGUUAAAAGAAGUCA